GGUAGAGAGAGAAGGGUGGCCAAACUUGCUCAAUGCAUACAAACUCGUGGUUUUGCAACAAAACCACCAAUCUACAUCCCUACACCAGAGUAAAUAGGUACUUGAAGGGGGGCUUGACUGUGGAGCAGUAGGGCCAAGACACCGGUUUCUUUACCCCUCUAUUAUCCGCACUACCCUCAUCAGCGCCACUGGUAUUGGUAGACACUAGCCGCGGGAGAUUGGUGGAGGUCACUGCAGUUGACUGUGGGAAAGAGAAGGGAUUUGGGCAGCCUCUCAAGUGCACCCAAUAGUUACUCAAUGGACUUACAAAGUAAUACCUGAUGAAAAAGAACUGCUUGUUGUACGUACCUAGUAACAACAUUUCUAAAGUGGACUUACAUUUUCAAGUUAUAAUACUGCAUGUGCAGUUUCGACGAGGUGCGCUUUUCAUUGGAAUACUCCAGUUUUCUUGAUGUAUACUACCACUGCAUUGAUGAUGUUGCACAUGUUGGAGUAGUGGAAGAGCGAACCUGUUGAAACCACCGAUUUCGCUCCAAUCUGGCGCUCGUAGCCGCUCUAUUCAUUCAUUUGGCGCGUGGACGAGCCUGGUAGCAGGUCCUAUUAUUUUCUGUUAUAUAUAUGUUCUACCAGCGUAUGCACAAUCUACCAAUUUACUUACUUGCUGUAUUUUAUUGCAGUGGAUUGGGGAUUACUAAGGCUUCUUCAGAUAGCCGAGUGUUUACUCAAUUCAGAGGAUUUUUUUUUUCGCCAGUAAAUUCUCACAAGGAUUAAGCUCUGGACAUCAAUAUUAAAUGAUUGGACAAUCCAUCAUCAUCAUUACAGGAACCACAGUGCUUCACAGCUAGAAAGUCUGGACAAUAAUACAGUAGAUAGUAUAUUUCUGCAAUUUCUAUCGCAUGAUGAGGUUCAUCGUACAUUAAAGAAAAAAAUCUUGAUCACAAUUGAGCUAGGUCUCAAUUGAAUUGCACAUCAGAUUUUGGGAACAUCAUAUUUCAUCCCAUUCAGACUUUGGAUAUGAAAAGAUGCAUAUUCAGUGAUUUCUUUUGUCAUCUAUCAAAGAAAAGGUGAUCGCCCACGGCAGCGAUCAUCUGUGAUAUUGGAUGAAAGAAGUCAUCAUCCAUCCCACCACAAGGAUAGAUUAGCAAUCUUUUUCUUCUCUAUGCUCGUAAAUAUUCCUUUGUGACUCAAAUUCAAGUUGGAGGAUUACAAAUCGCACUUCUACAUCAGAGUGAUAAAUUCUGGGUUGCCAUAGUGAUUGUGAUUCAUGGUGGAAAAACUGGGAACCAUCUCUGAGAAUGAUGAUUGAAUGAUUCUUUGAAACUUCUUCUUCUUCCAGAAACAUUGUUAAGAGCAGGAUUGCCUUCUCAAAAGUGAAGCCAUAACUUUUGAAACCCCAAAAGCCAAAUUCCGAGAUAGUUAAACAGAGGAAUCAUUGUUGAGGAUCAUAUUUUUUUCAUCUCAUCUCAAGUUCAACCAAUUUGCAUUCUCACCACAACUUUGUUUUCACUUGGACUGUCUUUUACCCCAAGUGUAAUUUCAAGCGGAGAGGGUGAAAUCGGAGCUAUAUCAUCCAUCUCCCCCAUCCUCCCAUAUUUCUGGUAGUUGGUGAUGAUGAUAGUGGUCCACUGAUGACUGGACAGAGUGGAAUGUUUGGAGGAAAAGAUUUAUGCUGCUUUCUAUGACUGUGUAAAGAAGGGAAUAGUAUCAGUGGGCUAAUCUCUGUAAGCACUCCAAGAAUUUCUACUACUACUACUGCUACCAAAGUAAAAGAACAUCCCAGUCACCAUUCUUCUGGUAUCUCUGCGUAGUUGGAGACAUCAGUUACUCUUGUGUAGAGCAUAUGAAAUAUAAGUUUGUGAAAAAUCAUCUACCGAGGAGUGUAAUCAGAGAAAGAUUUAGGAAUACUUUCAUUCAUCUUUUCAUUGUUAUGCAUCUAGGUGAAAGGAAGAUUUCACCUCAACCCACAUGAGGUUAUUGACACUUUCAGGAAACCAACUACUUGACUGCAGGAAAUACUUCCACAGUGUACAAGGGAGAUAUACUACCAGGAAUUGAUGCUCUUGUAACAUUUGUUUGAUGGGGACGAGCAAGCCAUAAAACCUGCAUCCCACACAAGUUGAAAGAGUUUUUUAUCUGCUCCUAGUCCUACCAAUAACAUUAUAUGAACAGAGAGAAAAAGAGGGAUUUAAACCAGUCCUGCAAAUAAAUCAAAUAAUGUACCAGUAACAUAUUUUUUGCUACAUGCACCUGUUAGGAGAAGGAAGUACUUGGAACAUAUCAACAGGGAGUGGAAGAGUGGUUGGUCUGGUCUAGCGUUCGCUCGGGAUUCCCUUGCAUUAUGUCAUACUGAUACCAGAUCCCGGAUACACUUGAAGUCAAAAGUGGCGCACUCUAAAUAGAUCUGAAAGAGGAGACAGUGAACCAUUGAGAUUGUUCUGAAUUUCGCAAGAACAUGUCUUCAUGAAUGAAUGUCUUCAAGGGUCACUGUGUCUCAUGAUUGGUUUUAUAGAGGCAAAUAAAGCAAUAAAGUCAUAAAGACAUCAUUUUAAUGUCUGAAACUGGACUCUGAAAUGAAACAUUCUUGCGAAAGCAUUGCAAAUUGAUUUUCCCCGGAAACUCGGCUAAGCGGAUUUAGCAUCCAAUCCCCUCUCCUUCAUCUCUGGUUCCCCCAGCCAUUUGAAAUUGAGAUUCGACUCCGAUUAGUUACAUGCUGGUCCUGGAAAAACUAUUCCUCCACCGACAUACUCCUGGAGGAGAUUUGAGUACAUAGUGGAAUUUCCCUUCCCUCAUGUCGUCACAUGAAAUGUACCCAAACGGAAUUCAAUUACUAGACUAAACAACUUGUCUCCCCUCCCGAUCCCGACACAACAUUGGGAUUUGCCGUCUAGCGUGAUAAAGUAUUAUAGAGUAAGGACAAGAGUUUUGGCGGGAAAAUUUCUCGCGUUGCAUCUCGUAGUCUGCCAAGAUGGCCAAGGUUUUAAAUCCUUUUCUUGAUGAUGAAGCUUUCUUUCUUCUAUGACGCUUACAGUAACAAUAUUUGGAAGAGAUUUCAUGACUUGAUGUGCGUCGGAUAUCUUAUUAUUUUGGAAUAUAUUCAUUUGUGACUCGCCGAUCGGAGAGACAUUACAAGAACAUCAUCAUGUUGAAAUUUGUGAACAAAUCACCAAGCCCGAAAAUUAACGGAUCACCGGUACAUCACCGGAAUGGAGUGUCGAUAACGAACACUGGGUCUCUGGGUAAAACUUUCUACAUAGAUUUGAAUCAGAAUUAUGAUGAGGCAUUGGUAUACCAAGAUGGCAUCCUCACGUCAGGGACACUGGAGGCUUUUGUACAGCAUCUCGUUCCCACGGCAACAUACUACCCAGAUAGGACGUAUCUGUUUGCAUUCCUGCUCACAUCGAGGUUACACAUCAAACCACAUCAGCUACUCAAUGACGUCUGCCAGGUGUGCAUCAGACAACAAAGGCUAACAUCGAAGGACGUCGACAGGGAAGUUGUCCGAAAGUUUGGUCCAAAUCUUAUGCAAUUACUGAGUGAGUGGACAGAGACUUUCCCAUACGACUAUAGAGACGAAAGGAUGAUGAGACAUCUCAAAGACAUCACACAGAAGUGCAUCGCCAUCGACCCCACCCUCAGGAAAAGUGCCGGACAACUCAUGCAGGGCUUGAUUAGAAGGCUUGCCACGUUAGAGAAGUACGAAGAUGUCUUAGCGAGGGUCAACACGGCGGCGUCAGAAAGGAUGCACGCCCUCCGAGCGAACCCUGCCUCUUUCCAGAUGAACAUCAUGGACGUUUGUCCGCAUCCCCAUGUCCUAGCCCAGCAGCUUACACACAUAGAACUGGAAAGAUUGACAAAUAUUGGGCCAGAGGAGUUUGUGCAAUCUUUCAUCAAACAAAACGAUGGCGACGGUCAGACGGUGAAGUUCCAAGACCUAAAGAGGACCAAGAACCUUGAGGCGUACGUCGAGUGGUUCAACCGACUCAGUUUCCUGGUGGCCACAGAGGUCUGCAUGCACAUAAAGAAGAAGCAUCGAGCUCGCCUUAUCGAGUACUUCACCGACGUCGCCCGGGAGUGCUUCAACAUCGGCAACUUCAACUCUCUCAUGGCCAUCAUGUCUGGUCUUAACAUGUGCCCUGUUGCGAGGUUAAAGAAGACAUGGAACAAGGUCAACACAGACAAGUUUGACUGCUUAGAGCAUCAAAUGGAUCCCACAUCCAACUUCUCAACUUACAGACAAUCGUUACAAGCCGCCAUGCAGAGGGCGAUGAGUGCCCAGGAAGGCGCCUGCGAUAAGAUUGUCAUCCCAUUCUUCAGCUUACUCGUCAAGGAUCUCUACUUCCUCAACGAGGGAUGCAGCAAUAAGAUGGCUAACGGUUACCUCAACUUUCAGAAAUUCUGGCAGCUUGCAAAGCAGGUGACAAACUUCAUCUCGUGGAAGACCGUAGAGUGCCCUUACCCCAGGGACAGACAAGCCCUUAACUACCUUCUCACUGCACCGGUAUUCUCAGAGAACUCUCUCAAUCUUGCCUCGUACGAAAGCGAAAGUCCAGAGACUGAUUUUGAGAAGUCCCAGUACAAAUCUCUCAAGUUGAAAUGUACAUCAACGACAUCAAAGUCAUCAUAGGCAUGGUUACCAUGACAACUGGCUGAUGCUAUCACACCUUGCGACGAGAGUGAACUCUAGAAUUUGAAUCAUUCAUAUGAAGAGACAAAGAGAGCUAUCGGGAGGUCGGUGUUGUCAGCUUGAACUAUUGGUUUAUCCGAAUGACAAUAAGUCGUCCGCAUAGACAAGCGACGGAUCGUAAAAAGUGCUUGCCAACCAUGUUGAUGUUGAGGAUGAAGGAAACAGGGAUUGGAAACAUCACCUGUGUGAUGAGGUUGAUGCAUCUAAGAUCGUGAUGGAGCAAAGGGCGUACUUUUGAAGAGGAAGAAGGACUGAUCAAAUCAGAAUGUCAAGCAAGUCUUGACGAACUAUGUGGGACGGAAACCUUAUGUAAGAUGGCCAAUAGUGGAGCAAAGAGCACAUCGAUGGAAGGUGGGAUGUGAUCCGAAUCUUGAUGAAAUACUUGAAGACUGGUACCCAUUCUCUAGGAUGUGAAUGGUGCGUCUACAUUUAGGAUCCACAAUGUCAAGUGAUGAGAACAAAGAGCUUUUUUUUCAGGAAGUUGAAGAGGCUGAUGUGAUCCCAAUCUUAAGAUGACAACCUCCAGGAGAGGAAUACUGCCUUUAAAUCUCGGACUGGAAAAAAGAUUUCCAUUACUCUCUGAGAGGACUUUUACAACUCCUUACAAAGCAUUACCAUUGAAUAAAUGGAUUUUUUUUUUCUUGUUUUAUUUAAUGACUUGUUCUGCCUUUAGUCCUGUUGUUAUGGCAAGCCCUGAAUGCCAUUGAUUACAUAAUGGUAUUUCUACCUCUGUUGUUCGAGGGGUUUGUAUUAUUUUACGAAAUGAACGAUCAUUUCUGUCAUAACCACUAUUAAGAAAUUGCACAUUGUAAUGGUGCUUUUAUCCGAGAUGUCGUCAUAUAAACCAGAUAAAAUGAUAUAUCUUGUUAAUGGAUAUUUGAAAUCUCUGGUCUGGACUUGACAGGUCAAGUUAGAAAAAAAUCACUUAUGACAAACAGGAAUAUUGUAAAUUGCUUCUUAUUUCUUUGUCAGGCUUAUCUGAAAAUACAAAUAACUUAUUUUGCAAUUCCUGAAUGAUAUUCUACUUCAAAGAUUCCCAGAAAGAAAGAAGUAAACGUAAUUGAAAAAUUUAAGUAUAAAAAUGAACCAGUUUAUUGUGUUUUUCUUGCCCAAGUUGUAACUUUAGUAGUACUGUGAAUAAUCGUGAAUACAUUUCUUUUAUUUCAAUAAUAGAAUUGUUGAGGUUGUUGGUAUUUUUUUGUUAAAAGAUGUGUAGUCUCCUACCUACAUCAUUUUAGCAUACUGUUUUAAAGAGAUUUCAUGUAGUACAUUGCGCAUCCGUUCAUUUACAUCUGAAAGUUGUGGUUUAAUAUUUCAGUUUAAUAGCAUUUGCAGGGUUUCUUUUUUGUUAUCGAUCGUUUAGUAGUCCCUUUUUUUAAAACUCUCAUUGUGACCAAAUUUUGUCAAUGGCAUUUCCGUUAUUUUUACAUCAGAAGGCUGAAUAUAAAUAUCCACUUGGUACUACAUAGCAUCUUUGUAUAUCUGGUAGUAAUUGUUUCAUAGUUGAAUAUGAAAUCUGUAUUUUUUGUAAAAGCAUAUUACAAGUGUACUCUAAAGUGCCCUGUUAGAUACAUGCAGAUACUUGUAGAGACGUGUACAUUUACUUUUAUACAAGUACCACAUUGGAGAAUGAAUAUACUGUAUUCCUUUCCAAUUUUUUAACAAGACACUGUUUUUCUCUCAAAAUAGAUGUAUUUAUCUCACAUUUUAGGAAAAUCUAAAAUAGUAAACCAGACCAUUAAUUCCUAACUUAGUUUAAAUUUAGAUUAACUUGUCUUUGAAAAGUUUGUUUCAGUUUGUGCCAAAGUAGUUAAGAGUAGAAUUGCAGAUUGUUUGAUUUAUAUUGUCGUGCUGUCUGCAUUUUGAUCCCAAAACAGUAGAAAAUCUGUACAGUAAAUAGAUGCUUUUAUCACAUCACAAAACCAUGAAACAGUAGCUAAUGCAAGACAAAAUAGACUAGUUAUUUUGGUAUGUGAAGAACAAAUCUAGUUUUUUUUUAAAGACUAGUGUAUUUAUUUAGGUCUAGUGAUCAUGGCUUACUAAUUAGAAGUGAAUGGGAGGACCUGAUAUCUUAAACUAUUGGUUGAUUGGGCCCAGGCUUGUCUCAAUUCAGUUCCAUGUAAAUGUAUGAGUAAAAUGAUAUGAUAAACAUUGAUUAGUUAUGUAGGGGGUUAAUAAUUUUGUAGCAUAAGGAAAUUGUACUGCCCAAUUUUAUAUGUAUAUUGACACAUUUUAUUUAAAAAAGAAAUAAUGGUACUUCUUUUAGAGUUGGAAUUUUUGGAUUUUCACAAAACACCUUCACCUAACAAAAGAUCCUGGAUCAGAAAUUAAAAGAAACUAACAAAUUUUGUUGCUGCCUGACUUUUAUUCAGAUUAUUUUCUGAACUUAAGGUCUGUAUUCCCCUUUGCAUAACAUUUUUUUCUAUCAAUGUUCUUUAAAUGUAAAGAAUUGAGGCAGUCAUUUGAUUUUUUAAAGAACUGCCAUUCAAAAUUUUAUAGUAUUAUUCACCUUAUAUAUUUAUAUUUAAAAAAAUGAAAUGCUUGAUAUCCUAAAAUCACACCAUGAUGUUCUAAGAGUAUAUUUGCCACAAAUGAAAUCUUUUUAACUUUAUACAUAAUUUCAAAAUGCUUUUUGUACAGAUGUUGGAUGUGUACAUAGUAUGUAUGUACUUAAUAAGGUCCAAUGUAUUCUGUUUUUAUGUACAGAAUGUAUUCUAUGGAAAACAAAUAUACAUUGGAUGUACACUAUGCGAGUACAGGGCAUCCAAGCAAAAAAAAAGAGAAUACUGUGUUCAUGUAUAAAGCUGAGAAUUUUAUGUCAAUCAAUCUUCUAUAAAUAUGAUCAUGAAUGAAUGUCGUAAGUGAUAUAUAUGAUUGGACAUGUAAAUAAGAAAUAAAAACAUUCAAAGAAUACUGCAAAA